CUCACAAACCAUGAGAUCAUACCCUGAGCUGAAACCAAGAGUUGGACACUUAACCGACUGAGCCACCCAGGCGCCCCAUAUUACAAGUUCUUAAAGCCGUAAGUGUGUCAAGCUUCAAUUUGCACAGGGAUAAAGGGGUCAGAAUGAAGGUAGUUUUAAAUUGUAAAUAAACUUACAGCGAUCAAAUGGCAGGAUCAGAUUUUGAGGGACUAACUAGUUCUAUUUUACUUGAAGAGCUGAGUAAUAAGAACCCAGAGUAAUAAUUUGCCCCAAAGUAACCUCUACAUUAACUUAGUAACAUUUGACCAAUGGGAAAGGGGAGUUUAUGGGAGUCAGGUGGCAAGAUCUGAGCAGAGAGCAAGCUAGUCACAGUCCUCCUUUUGUUGGCAGUGUCAGCUUCUGAUCUGGAGCAAGUCACAGGAUUACUCUGUAUGUUGAUACUCAUAUCAACUAGAGUCUAGAGUCUAACUAUAUGCCCAGCAUUGCUGUACGUGUUUUACAGGUGCUAACUCGUUUAAUCCUUACAACAACACUAUGAAGUAGAAACUGUUAUUGUUCUCAUAUUAUGGAUAAGGAAAUUGAGGCCCAAAGAGAUGAUUUGCCCAAGGCCAUAUACAACAAGUAAGGACAGAGCUAGAAUUCCAAGCCAGGCAGUAUGGCUUGACCUUGUAACCACUAUGCUAUAUUGUCCCUCAUGAUACGUUAAAAAUACCUACUGUAACUAUUUUACAGAGUUGUAGGAAGCCGAAAUUAAAAUAAAAGCACUUUAGUGAGGAAAUAAUGCUCUCCAAAAGAAAACUAUAGCAUAAGAACCCAACACGGUGCUGGCAAUUACUAUGAGAAGCCCUUCUCUAGCGAAUUGUGACACGGAGAAUCAGAAUCAUAAGGUUAAAAGGCUCUUCAAGGCUAUGUUCUAAGAAGGCUUUAUCUGCUAAAGUAACCACUGUUUUAGUAGUUCUCAGAUUUUUAAAAUUUCACAGAUGUAUAAAAUACACACUUGCACACACAUACACGCACCCCAACCCAAACUACCAUCUGCUAUCAUCACCAUUACAGAAAGGGCAGUUCAUACCAGGAACAUUGGUGAGAUAGAAUCUAAUAAAGAACAGUGUUCCAUGAACAAAACAAAUAGGAAUUUUACCCCGCUCAGUGAGAUUAUUAGUCUGAAGAUUAGUGGUUAGGGAAUUCAUUCAUCUGGACUGGUAGGUAUCGAUCCUGUUGGGUUAAGAAGUUAUCUUGGGGUAGAGUGACCUCCCAAAUGAUGGCAUCAAUCAUAUCAAUUGGAAGCAUGUUCAGGUUGAAAGACUGGAGCCUUCUAUAAGACAUGGAUAGAUGCAAACAUGUCGGGCGGUUGCGGCUCGCCCAGGACCACUCCAUCCUGAACCCGCAGAAGUGGUGCUGCAGGGAGUGCGCCACCACCGAGUCGGUGUGGGCUUGUCUUAAGUGCUCCCACGUGGCCUGUGGCCGCUACAUCGAGGAUCACGCCCUUAAACACUUUGAGGAGACUGGGCACCCGCUAGCUAUGGAGGUCCGAGAUCUGUACGUGUUCUGUUACCUGUGCAAGGACUAUGUGCUCAACGAUAACCCCGAGGGGGACCUGAAGCUGCUCAGAAGCUCCCUCCUGGCGGUCAGGGGCCAGAAGCAGGACCCGCCGCUGAGGCGCGGCCGGACGCUGCGGUCCAUGGCCUCGGGCGAGGACGCCGUCCCGCCGCAGCGCGCUCCUCAGGGACAGCCGCAGAUGCUUACGGCUCUGUGGUACCGGCGCCAGCGCCUGCUGGCCAAGACGCUGCGGCUCUGGUUCGAGAAGAGCUCCCGCGGCCAGGCGAAGCUGGAGCAGCGGCGGCAGGAGGAGGCGCUGGAGCGCAAGAAGGAGGAGGCGCGGCAGCGGCGGCGCGAGGUGAAGCGGCGGCUGCUGGAGGAGCUGGCCAGCGCCCCUCCGCGCAAGAGCGCGCGCCUGCUGCUGCACGCGCCCCGCGCCGCCGCCCAGCGCCCCGCCCCGCCGCGCGCGCCCGCCGGGGGCCGCCCCCAGCCGCGCCGCGCGCCCGCCAUAGCGCCGGGCGUCACGGGCCUGCGCAACCUGGGCAACACCUGCUACAUGAACUCCAUCCUGCAGGUGCUCAGCCACCUCCAGAAGUUCCGCGAGUGUUUUCUGAACCUCGACCCUUCCCAGACCCAACAACUGUUUCCCAAGGCCCCCAACGGGAAGGCUCCGCUCUCGGGCAGGCCGGCCGGCAGCUCGGCCACCGAGCUGUCGGCCAGGAGCGACCGGGCUGAGUCGUGCGAGCGGGAGGGCCUCUGCUUCAACGGCGGAGCCUCCAUCAGCAGGAGCCUAGAACUCAUCCAGAACAAGGAGCCGAGCUCGAAGCACAUUUCCCUCUGUCACGAACUGCACACGCUCUUCCGUGUCAUGUGGUCCGGCAAGUGGGCCCUGGUGUCGCCCUUCGCCAUGCUUCACUCAGUGUGGAGCCUGAUCCCCGCCUUCCGGGGCUACGACCAGCAGGACGCGCAGGAAUUCCUCUGUGAGCUGCUGCACAAAGUGCAGCAAGAGCUCGAGUCUGAGGGCACCACGCGCCGGAUCCUCAUCCCCUUCUCCCAGAGGAAGCUCACCAAACAGGUCUUAAAGGUGGUGAACACCAUAUUCCACGGGCAGCUACUCAGUCAGGUCACAUGUGUAUCAUGCAAUUACAAAUCCAAUACCAUUGAGCCCUUUUGGGAUUUGUCCCUGGAAUUCCCUGAACGGUAUCACUGCAUAGAAAAGGGGUUUGUCCCUUUGAAUCAGACUGAGUGCCUGCUCACUGAGAUGCUGGCCAAGUUCACAGAGACAGAGGCCCUGGAAGGGAGAAUCUACGCUUGUGACCAGUGUAACAGCAAACGACGAAAAUCCAAUCCAAAACCCCUUGUUCUGAGUGAAGCUAGAAAGCAGUUAAUGAUCUACAGACUACCUCAGGUCCUCCGGCUGCACCUUAAAAGAUUCAGGUGGUCUGGCCGUAAUCAUCGAGAGAAGAUUGGGGUCCAUGUCGUCUUUGACCAGGUAUUAAACAUGGAACCUUACUGCUGCAGGGACAUGCUCUCCUCUCUUGACAAAGAGACCUUUGCCUAUGAUCUCUCCGCAGUGGUCAUGCAUCACGGGAAAGGGUUUGGCUCAGGACACUACACAGCCUAUUGCUACAACACAGAGGGAGGUUUUUGGGUCCACUGCAAUGACUCAAAGCUGAAUGUAUGCAGUGUCGAGGAAGUGUGCAAAACUCAAGCCUACAUCCUUUUUUACACUCAAAGAACAGUUCAGGGCAAUGCAAGAAUUUCAGAAACCCAACUCCAAGCUCAGGUGCAGCCCAGCAACAACGAUGAGGGCAGACCACGGACCUUCCCCUGAAUGGGAGACAUGUAUCAAGGACUGGCUUGCUUUUAAACUGUUGGUGUUCAUACAUCUUUCCUCUUAUAGGAAAUAAGGUUUAGUGCAGGAACAGAUUGCUAGGUUUGCCUCACUGGGACUACAGCAGAAGGUGCCAGGUGACUUCCUAUCCUAUCCUAAAAUCUGUAGUCACCUUUCUUUUGAAUGGAUUUGGGAAUUCCCUCUUUGAUAAAUCAAAAGGAGUAACUUCUAUGAAGAUUCUUUCAUCAGUUGCUUCUGAAUAUAGAGGAUCUGGGUGGAGGAAAGAGGGAGAAAAUUGAUCAUAUGCAGCGAGGAGAGCAGCCAUGUUUUCUUUCCAUUCUGUGACCCCCACUAAUCAGGACCUCCUGCAACGCCAGAGGAACCCUCCUGUUGUGAGGAGCCCAGGACAGAGCACAUGAGGUGGGGCCCUGGGCUGACAGCUUGCUGGAUGAGAUUGGUUCCAGGGCAGGAGGUGAAUAAUAAGGAUUUGUUCCUACAAAGGAAGUAACCAUCAGGGGUUCAAAACAUGCAGACUUCCUUUUUUAGAGGAUAGCAGUGGAAGAGUGGAAUGAGAUGCAUAGAGCAAAUUUCCCCCAUGCAGAAUGGGAGAUUUUUCCAGUGUCCGACCCUCCCUGGCUGCUACUGCUGCUGUCACUUAAUCAUUCCACAUCUUCUGAGACUGGUGUGAACAACCCUCUAUUCUAAAGAAAGAGCAGUUCAUAUGGGGAAGCAAUACAUUGUCCCUGACAUGUUCUUUCUUGCAUGCUGAGCCUAAGGGCAUUCCUGGCUACCCAGUUCUGUAGCAUAUCCCUGGUUCAGGUGUAGGGCAAGCACAUGGUUUGGUUUAAAUUGGUGUUUAGGUCAGUUGUCUGAGGCUUUCUCAGAACUCGGUUGAGGAGAGAGGCAGGGAUAGCCGGUGGUCCAGGCCAUAUCUGAAUGCCUGUCACCUACCCUCACCUCCAUGCAGCAUGCAGCUUUUCUUAGCCUGCAGCUUCUUUCUGGCACCUAGAGGGCUAGAACAUUUUUGUUCAACACAAGGUUUGGGAAUUUCUGCUUUCCUAGGGCUAAGGAAUCUGCCCCCAUAUGUCCGAACAGUUCACUGCUGCUGGCCCUGGCCUAUCUCCUCCUAAAUCUGAUAAUCCCUACUGUUUCUUUGUCUAACUACACUCAAUCCAUCAGAGAGAAAAAGAGUGCCCUGUCCUUAAGUGCUAGUAAAAUACAUCUUUGUUUUUAUACUGGAUCAGUUUCUAAGUGGAAUGAUGGAAACCCUCCACCCCAUCAGGCACCACUGAAUUUCCCUUCUCAAUCCUUCAGUUAGACUCACCAGUAAAAGUGAACGUAAACCAGAAGUCUCAUCGUGGGGGCUGCUGAAGUCUGCCUCAACCUGUCAUUAUGAAUGCUCAUCUUUUGACUGAGUGUAUCAUACGAACAUUUCAAUUCAGGUAGGAACACAGUUGUCACUUGAAGGAAGCAGAUGUGGAGGGAGUUUGGGGAAGGGUGGGAGGUUGGGACAAGAGAGGGUAAAGAAUGAGGGUCGUAGCUUAGGGGUGUUGGUGAGCCCCAUUUCCAGAGCAGGUCUGUAGCAUUUGCUGUUGACCUCUUUUGAGAUGAACUCUCCUGUAGGACCUGACAGACAGCACUGAGACAUGGAGGAAAUUCAGACAGAAAAUGGCUCACCCUGAUAAGGGGGAGUGACUAUAUAUUUUAAAUUAAACUUGCUUUUUCCAACACUGUGAGGUUUCUGUAAUAUUUAGCUUUUAUUUGGAAGCGAUAGCGUAUGGCAUUUUUUAUGCUGUUUGGUUUAUAUUGUCUACUGCAGGCUUUUUUGUAUAAGCUUGGCCCAGGGCUCACCCUCUCCUGGACACUGUUUUAAAGUGUCACAGCUGCCCUUGCUGCCAGAGGCUCUGAUGUAAAGGUAUACUCUCUAGAUCCACGUUUUUUAAGUUGGCAGGAUUGGUGAAGACUUUUUUGUGGCAAUGGAAAAGCCCAUUAACUGAAAAAAAGAAAAAAGAAGGAAAGGAAAAUAUAAAUUGUGCCUCAUCUUUCUUUGAAUGCUGUACUUUAUUCUAGAAAAAGAGAACUUACAAAUGGAAAAGAACUAAUAGAGCAGCUACUUCAUCCCUCAGGCUGUCUAGGGGGAAAUACUUCAGAAAAAUGAACAUUUAAUGGAAAAUUAAAAGAUCUUCAAACUUAAUUUUUAAAAAUAGUUUUAUACCAAAUAUUUAUAAGAAUUAUUAAGCAGAUUUAAGGAUUUUGUAAAAUAAGUGCUUAACUUAGCUGAGCACCCACAUAUCAAAUUAAUAAAAUGGUUUAAAGGGAGUUGGACCAGAAACCACUAGAGUCCUCGCUGAGCUGCAAACUCUCGAAGGUGCCCCUGCAGUCACAGACACCUCAGGUACCCAGAGGCAGCAGCACUAGACGCUGUUGAGAAGUUAGUAUUUAUGGAGAUUUUUAUUAAAGAGUUCCCUGCUGCAUAAGCCGAUGGCUAUUGUGAGGGAAGUGUCCCUUUGCCUUUAAUUUAUUUGCAUAUUGGAAGUAGAAGGAUUUCUUAGUUGCAUCUUACUUUAAAUCGAAACAUUCUAAAGAGAAGAAAAUAAGAACCAGGUAGAAGUUGACUAGAUGCUGCCAAAUCAAACCCAAGAUCUCCUAACUGAACCUUACGGGCCUGCUUCUCCCAGGCAAGUAGUUAGAGUCCCGUUCCAGGAACCCUUUGUAGUUGGCUGGUGUGUUUACUUCCUGCUGUAGCCAGCCAAGAUGAAUGCACCCUGGCCCUCAAAAAGGAUCUUUACCUCAAUCUAGCUUGACCCUCAUCCUUGUGGUUGCCUCGGAGAUGAGCAUCCAUGCUAGUGUU